UACAUUACAUUACAUUACAUUUGGCAGACGCUUUUGUCCAAAGCGACUUACAAUAGUCAAGUACAAUGUAAAAUAAGUUUAAAGGUAAAACAUCUUUGGAUAGGGAUAAAAGGAGGUCAAAGGGGAAUAAUAGGAUAGAGGAGUGAAGGAGGGGAAGAAGGAAAUGAGGUUAGAAGUAGUUAGUGUGUUAGAGGUGUUAAGAGAGUAAGUGCUCUUUGAAGAGCUCUGUCUUCAGGAGUUUCUUAAAGAUAGCGAGAGAUUCUCCUGAUCUGGUAGUGGAAGGUAGUUUGUUUCCACCAUUGGGGAACUCUGUAUGAGAACAGUCUGGAUUGCUUUGUGUGAAUGUUUGGCAAAGCGAGGCGACAUAUCCCAGUUGAUUUUUUUUCUUUGUUUUGAGUGGAAAACAGACAUCCAUCAUCCUGUGUUUACUGAGGCACAGGCAUGAGCCCAGGCGUUGGCGCCUUUUUUCCUUCAGGGUUUUAACCAAUCAGCGUUAACACGAGCGCAUGGGCGGGGCUUAGGCGCCCAGAUACUCCCCAAAACCUGCGUGACGCUGAGAGUCACUGCUGCUGGUUAAAAACGGAGCCGAGGAGCAAAAUGAGCUCAAACUCUUAUAGGCAGCCAACUCUCACCUGGAGAGGCUUUAGAGUCCUGCAGGUGAGCUCCAGGCAGGUGAAAGACAGAGCUGUGUUUCAUUCCUGUGUAUGGUUUAAUUUGAGGCUGUAAAGUUCAGUAAUGCCGGAAAUUAGGAGCUUUAUCUGCGUUAACUCCGUAUAAACUUAGUUAACAGCCACACCAAAGCCCCCAGCAGCAGCAGCCGCUCCGCUGUUCUACAGAUGAGCGCUGAAGUGGAGGCAGACCUGCGGGCGCAGCUGCUGAACCGCAGGCAGGACGGAGGUGAAGAUGAGGAGGUGGAGCAGGAGGAGGAGGAGAUAGACGUGGAGACCGUGGAGGUGAAGCGCAGGCCGAGCCGGAGCCCGAAGUGCGCGCGCUGCCGGAACCACGGCGUCGUGUCUCGCCUCAAGGGCCACAAGCGGCUGUGCCGGUGGCGGGACUGCCGCUGUGCCAACUGCGCUCUGGUGGUGGAGAGGCAACGCGUGAUGGCCGCGCAGGUGGCCCUCAGGAGGCAGCAGGCGGCCGAGGGUAAGAAAAGCCAGAGGAGCGCUUCUUUUCUCAGACGCUCAGCAUACCAGUGCUACAGCAGGGCACCCAGUCUCCUGGCAAAGAGCAUUCUGGAGGGCUACACACCUCCAGUGCUGGAGGACUGGCCAAAGAGACUUCACUAUCCUCCACUGAGUGUAAGGAUGAGGAAGAGGAGAGCUUUUGCUGAUAAAGAGCUCGAGAAUGUGAUGCUGGAGCGAGAGCUGAGACAGAGAGAGAUGGAGGAGCUUCCUGAACUCGUCUUCCUUCAGGCCACCGUAUCUCCUGCUCCAUCGCCAUGCUUCUGCCCACUGUCUGACCCCAGCCCAGCCAGCCUCGUGCCCAUUUACAAAUCCAGGCCUCUGCUGUUUGAGUGUGAUCUCCACUGCCACACACAGGAGUUCAAAUCCAAGAGUGUAGAGCAGUGUCACAGGGACGUCCUUACACAAAGCUGUGUUCUUCGUACAGCAACCAAAAGCUGGGAACUUUGCAGUGACAGGGACUCAUGCCUGGAAUCCUUUCCACUGCCCUCAUUUCAAAGCUCUCACUAUUAUUGCAGUGAAAACUCAGGUGUCAACACAGAAAGGAGCAUGCUAGAAAAUGGCACUGCUGACUCGUCUAGCGCCGUGCCAAAAAGUGUUUCUGCUGACAGAUUGGAUAUCACGUCAAAGCGAGAUGGUGCCCUUUCUCUGAUUGAGGCAAAGGUGCUGUCACAGGCUGAGCUGCCAGAUAAACACUGCAGGGCACCAGGGCUCGAAAAGCUCACACACAAAGACUGGGCCGCUGAAAGAAACCCCAUUAAAAAUUCCAAUGCACGGCCUUUACCCUUUUCUGUAGAGGCAUUGCUGAUGAGAUGAUAAAAGAGCUUCUCUAUAGAAUUCACUUUUUGCAUGUUUCUCAUGCUAUGCAAUAGAAGAAUGUAUAUUAUUUUAAAACAAAAUAUCUUUUGACUGUAUGUUAACAUCCUUUUUGGUGUUUAUAAUUCUAAUUGUCUGGCAUUUCAAAUGAAAUAUUUUUGUAGUUUUAUUUAUUUUUUUACUAUACACCUUUUUAUCUUGUAUUCAUACAAAAGCCUUUUUAACAUGUAUGCCCAAGUGUUUUCUAAUUAAAUAUGUGCUGUGUACACUAACAGUGUUGCUUGUCUGUAUAAAUAUAUAUUUAUAGACAGUAUCGUAUAAAUACUUAUAUAUGUAAGUUUAAUUGGCUGUUUUUGUUACUGUUAUUUUACUAUGCAUUGUAAUAUUUACCACCCAGACACACCCAGACUACAUUUACGCAGCAGGCUUAGUCUUUUAAAGGCUGUUCUAUUUUUUCAAAGAACCUUAUAAAAGAAGAGCCCUGCAAUGGGAAGCAGCUUAGCAUAACACAGAGAAUAAGACAUGAAGAAGAAAUAGCUACAUUUAUUUUUGCAUCAUACUGUAUAUGAAUGUGUGUGCAAUUCUUU